AUGAUUGUUAUUCCAAAUCUUAGUAAACGAUCAGAAGCAGAGACAGUUCUUUACAACAAAUUAAAUUUUUCGAAAAAUUCAGUUAACUAUGAAAAAUGGCUACAAAAAUCAAAUCCGAAAUAUCCAUCAUCGGAAACUGUUCGAAUGGAAAUAGUUAUGAUAUUAAAAGGUCUUAGUAUGGCUACAUUUUGUCCAUCAUUAGCACUAUACUUGAUGGGUAGACAAAAGUUUGAUGUUUAUUGUGAUGUUGGAAAUUACGGUUCGGGAUAUUUAAUAUUCAGUUUCUUUGUCAUUUGGUUAGCAACAGAUUUUUUCGAAUUUUUCUAUCAUCGAAUGGGACAUAUGAUUGAUGUCUUAUGGGACGUACAUAAAUUUCAUCAUCAAUUUUACAAUCCAACACCAUUUGCUGUUAUUGCUGAUGCGUACUUAGAUCAAUUAGUUCGAGCAUCCCCACUACUUCUACUGCCGGCUAUAAUGCCAAUUAAUAUGAAUCUUCUAUUCUUUCAGUUUGCUAUCUUUCUAUAUGGAUAUGGUGUUUAUGUCCAUUCAGGUCACGAAUUCUCCUAUCCGGAUGCGCAUCAUCCAGUCCUAAAUACUUCUUUUCAGCAUUAUUUACACCAUGCCAUAUCAAUUAAAAAUAAACCAUAUCAUACAGGAUUUUUUUUCAAAAUAUGGGAUCAACUCUUUGGUAGUGUUUUUCCACGAGAAAAAUGUUUGUGUGUCAAAUGUCAACAUGCACAAGGACAAGGUACUCGAGAAGAAUAUGACAAAGUAGAAAAGCCAGACUAUCGGGUGAUGUUACAAUGGAAUUUUUGGCUUAAUACUAAAACAGCUUGA